AGUGUUAAAUCACUAACACUACGAAAACGCCAUGCUCGAUUUCAGAUUGCACCUGGAAAACGCCAUGCUCGAUUUCAGACGAGGCCGUCGUCAUAACUGCAUCGAUAGACCUGUUCUUAAAUCAAUGCUUCAAAGCAUACAAAGUGUUAAAUCACUAACACUAUGUAGAUGGAUAUUUGAGGAAUUGAUCUGGGAGAUAUUACCCUAUUUAUGCGCCGACUAUUAUUUCUACAACCUAAAGGAGCUGUGGUGGAUCGAUUAUUCAGCAGAGAGCGACAAUGCUAAUGCCCUACUUUUGGUUUCUAAAACUCUGUCCUUACUUGGAAAGACUCUAUGUGACUAUUGAUCCUAAAAGAAGCACAAAAUUCUCAGGUGUAGUGGGUGGAAUCAACAAACUCAAUCAUCU